UACACAAGGAAACCUCAUCCUUUUAUCUCAAUAUCCUGAAAACAGAACGAGUGGCUGCCUUCUUCCUUGAGAGAAAAGAAAGAAGACAAUGGUGUAAGGGUGUGCAAUGGGUUCAAUAGCACAAAGUGUUUUAAUGGCACUGACUGUAACGGUCAACCAGUUUGCUUCUUCAAACGUGCUUGCAGUUCAUAGGAAACAAGGCAAAUCGCCAUCCCCCACUUCUAAACCAAAACCAACCAAUACAAAAACAAUUACAGCCGCCGCAGCAAACGCUGGUGACACCGGAAUUGCAAGGAGAGGUCUCAUUUUAUACGCCGUGGCUUCCGCUCCUCAACUCAAUGAUUCCAGAACCGAGCUUCUCAAAAAGUACUUGAAGAAAACAGAGGAAAACAAAGCCAAGAAUGACAAAGAGAGAAUGGAGAAUUAUUACAGGCGAAACUACAAGGAUUACUUUGAAUUCGUUGAAGGGACAUUGAAAGGGAAGGACGAGCAGCAGCUAAGUGAAGCAGAAAAAGGUAUUCUCGAUUGGCUUAAAGCCAACAAAUAAGAGAUUCAGUCCAUCCAUCUUUGGACAAGUACAGGUUCCAGUUGUUAGAUAUUUGUAACUCAAGUAUCAUCACGCUGUUUUUGCUGCAAAUUGUAGUUUUUGUUAUUCAAUAGAUUUCUAUUUGGUUAUUUAAUUUAUAAAAAAAAGUCAUAAAUUAGUAAUUAAA